GCCUCGCGGCGCCGGAGGGAGGAUGUCGGCGGGCGGCCGCGACGAGGAGCGGCGGAAGCUGGCGGACAUCAUCCGGCACUGGAACGCCAACAGGCUGGACCUGUUCGAGAUCAGCCAGCCCACCGAGGAUUUGGAGUUCCAUGGUGUGAUGAGGUUUUACUUUCAAGACAAAGCUGCUGGAAACUUUGCCACCAAGUGCAUCCGAGUAUCUAGCACCGCCACCACACAGGAUGUGAUUGAGACGCUGGCGGAGAAGUUCCGACCGGACAUGCGCAUGCUCUCUUCGCCCAGAUAUUCUCUCUAUGAGGUACACGUCAGUGGAGAAGAAAGAAGAUUGGAUAUAGAUGAGAAGCCUCUAGUUGUGCAAUUGAACUGGAAUAAAGACGACCGAGAGGGCAGAUUCGUUCUUAAGAAUGAGAAUGAUGCUCUUCCUCUCAAGAAGGCUCAGAGCAAUGGCCCUGACAAACAGGAGAAGGAAGGGGUCAUCCAGAACUUCAAGAGAACACUCUCAAAGAAAGAGAAAAAGGAGAAAAAGAAGCGUGACAAAGAGGUAUCACGACAGGUGUUGGAGAGAGAGGAGAGGCCAUUCUCCGGGGAGGACAUUGAGAAUUCCCGACUGGCUGCUGAGGUUUACAAAGACAUGCCCGAGACCAGCUUUACCCGCACCAUCUCCAACCCAGAGGUGGUUAUGAAGCGCCGGCGGCAGCAGAAGCUGGAGAAGAGGAUGCAGGAGUUCCGGAGUUCUGAUGGGCGACCGGACUCAGGUGGGACACUUCGGAUUUAUGCCGACAGCCUAAAGCCCAAUAUUCCAUACAAGACUAUCUUGCUGUCUACCACGGACCCUGCAGAUUUCGCUGUGGCAGAGGCACUGGAGAAAUAUGGGUUAGAGAAAGAGAAUCCCAGAGAGUACUGUAUUGCACGGGUCACACUGCCUCCAGGUGCUCAGCACUCAGAUGAGAAAGGUGCUAAGGAAGCCAUCCUCGAGGAUGACGAAUGUCCCUUACAGAUCUUUCGGGAGUGGCCCAGCGACAAAGGGAUCCUUGUCUUUCAGCUGAAGAGGCGGCCGCCAGACCACGUGCCUAGGAAGGGCAGGAAGUACAGCGAAGGGAAGUUGGUGAGAGCCCGGGAGCGGGCCGAGGGCGCUGGCUAUGGCUCAGCGCUCCCUCCCGAGAAGCUGCCUUACCUGGUGGAGCUGAGCCCAGGGAGGAGGAACCACUUUGCCUACUACAACUCCCACGUGCACGAAGAUGGGUCAGACUCCAGGGAUAAGCCGAAGCUCUACCGCCUGCAGCUCAGUGUGACCGAGGUUGGGACUGAGAAGCUGGAGGACAGCUCCAUCCAGCUCUUUGGUUCGGGAAUUCAGCCCCAUCACUGCGACCUCACCAACAUGGAUGGUGUGGUGACAGUCACACCGCGCAGCAUGGAGGCUGAGACGUAUGUGGAGGGACAGCGCAUCUCUGAAACUACAGUCCUGCAGAGCGGCAUGAAGUUGCAGUUUGGGGCGGCGCACGUAUUCAAGUUCGUGGACCCCAGCCAGGACCAUGCUCUCACCAAAAGGACUGUGCAGGAGACGACAUUCGAUCUUGGAGGGGAUGUGCAUGGUGGCACAGGAUUGCCCAUGAGCAAGAGCACCACCAGGUUGGACAGCGAGCGUGGCACGUCAGCCUGCAGCACUGCCGAGCGUGGCCUGGUGAAGCCCAUGAUCCGGUUGGAGCAGCAACAGGAGUCACAUCGUCAGGAGAGCAGACCCCAGGACGCUGCUGGGCUGGAGCUAACUCUACCUGCGAGUAUCGAGUUCCGGGAAAAUGCUGAAGACUCGUUUCUCGCUGCCAUUAUCAACUAUACCAAUAGCUCGACUGUGCACUUUAAGUUGUCGCCGACAUAUGUGCUUUAUAUGGCAUGUCGGUAUGUACUCUCAAGCCAGUAUAGACCUGAUGUCAGUGCCUCCGAGCGUCCUCACAGAGUGAUUGCUAUUGUCAGCAAGAUGGUGAGCAUGAUGGAAAGCGUGAUCCAGGAAGUAGACCAGGUUGAUCAGAAGCAGAAGAAUAUUGCAGGGGCACUUGCCUUCUGGAUGGCAAAUGCCUCCGAGCUUCUCAACUUCAUCAAGCAGGACCGAGACCUCAGCCGGAUCACAGUGGAUGCCCAGGACGUGCUUGCCCAUUUAGUGCAGAUGGCCUUCAAGUACCUGGUCCACUGCCUUCAGUCCGAAUUGAAUAACUACAUGCCAGCAUUUCUGGAUGACCCUGAAGAGAACAAUUUACAAAGACCGAAAAUUGAUGAUGUCUUGCACACGCUCUCAGGGGCCAUGUCCCUGCUGCGCCGCUGCCGUGUCAAUGCUGCCCUCACCAUCCAGCUCUUCUCGCAGCUUUUCCACUUCAUCAACAUGUGGCUCUUCAACAGGCUGGUCACCGACCCUGAGUCAGGGCUGUGCUCACACUAUUGGGGGGCCAUCAUACGCCAGCAGCUGGGUCAUGUGGAGGCCUGGGCCGAGAAGCAGGGUCUGGAGCUGGCAGCCGACUGUCACCUCAGUAGGAUCGUACAGGCCACCACCCUGCUCACCAUGGACAAGUAUGCCCCUGAGGACAUCCCCAGCAUCAACAGCACCUGCUUUAAGCUGAACUCACUGCAGCUGCAGGCCCUGCUUCAGAAUUACCACUGUGCGCCUGAUGAGCCCUUCAUUCCCACGGAUCUGAUCGAGAAUGUGGUGGCCGUGGCAGAGAACACGGCCGAUGAGCUGGCACGUAGUGAUGGCCGGGAGGUGCAGCUGGAGGAGGACCCUGACCUGCAGCUGCCUUUCCUCCUGCCCGAGGAUGGAUACUCCUGCGAUGUGGUCAGGAACCUUCCCAGCGGCCUGCAGGAGUUCCUGGAACCAUUAUGCCAGCGUGGAUUUUGCAGGUUGAUCCCUCACACACGUUCCCCAGGCACAUGGACAAUAUACUUUGAAGGUGCAGACUAUGAGAGCCACCUCACACGUGAGAACACAGAAUUGGCCCAGCCUCUAAGGAAAGAACCAGAAAUCAUUACUGUCACCCUGAAGAAGCAGAAUGGAAUGGGGCUCAGCAUCGUGGCAGCCAAGGGUGCAGGUCAGGAUAAACUGGGAAUCUAUGUCAAGUCGGUCGUGAAAGGAGGUGCAGCUGAUGUGGACGGACGUCUGGCUGCAGGUGACCAGCUUCUCAGUGUGGAUGGGCGGAGCCUGGUAGGACUGUCUCAGGAAAGGGCUGCGGAGCUCAUGACCAGGACCAGUUCUGUGGUCACACUGGAAGUUGCCAAGCAAGGAGCCAUCUACCACGGCCUUGCCACCCUGCUCAACCAGCCAUCCCCUAUGAUGCAGAGAGUUGCAGAUCGCCGUGGUUCUGGGAAACCCCGACCUAAGAGUGAGGGCUUUGAGCUCUACAACAACUCAGCACCCAAUGGGUCCCCAGAAAGCCCGCAGUUGCCCUGGACAGAGUACAGCGAGCCCAAGAAACUGCCUGGUGAGGACAGGCUGAUGAAGAACAGGGCUGACCACCGCUCCAGCCCCAAUGUUGCAAACCAGCCUCCCAGUCCUGGAGGGAAGAGCGCAUAUGCCCCUGGGGCAGCGGCCAAGAUCACCUCUGUCUCCACUGGGAACCUGUGCUCUGAGGAACAGAGCCCUCCACCCCGGCCUGAGGCCUACCCCAUCCCCACACAGACCUACACCCGGGAGUACUUCACCUUCCCUGCCUCUCGGGCCCAGGACCGCAUGGUGCCUCCCCCGAACCAGUGGCCAAACUAUGAGGACAAGGGCCCCAUGCUCUCCGAUGGCGGUGAUCCCCAUUCUACACGUCAGCGGGUGACACGCUCACAGGAGGAGCUGCGGGAUGACAGAGCCUGUGGCCUAGAGCGCCAGACUGACAGUGACCUAUGGGUCACACAGAGCUCCUCGAUGGGCUCCAGCGCGUCCAGCCAGGAACACCUGGACCACUCCUCUAAGCCUGGCACUCCAGCCUCCACGCUCACCAAAAGUGCCCCAGGCCGCUGGAAGACCCCUGCCCUGGUGCCAGCCCCUCCUGUGGCCCUGUCCCAGCCCCUCCGGACAGACCUGCCCCCGCCACCUCCACCGCCUCCUGCACACUAUGACCUGGAUGGGGUUCCCCUAGACCUGCCCCUCCCACCUCCCCCCGGGAGCCAGCUGGGCCCCCCACCAGCUGAGCGCAAGAAGAGGGAGGAGCAGCAGCGCUGGUAUGAAAAGGAGAAGGCACGCCUGGAGGAGGAGCGGGAGCGGAAGCGGCGUGAGCAGGAGCGGAAGCUAGGCCAGAUGCGCACACAAGCCUUGCACCCCACCACAGCACCCUUGCCGCCUGCAAAGCCUGAGAAACCGGUGACCCUGCCGCGGCCCCCAGAGACGGUCAUCCGGGAGCUGCAGCCCCAGCAGCAGCCUCGCACAAUCGAGCGCCGGGACCUACAGUACAUUACCAUCAGCAAGGAGGAGCUGGCCUCAGGUGACAGCCUGUCCCCCGAUCCCUGGAAGCGCGACGCUAAGGAAAAGCUGGAGAAACAGCAGCAGUUGCACAUUGUAGACAUGCUAAGCCGAGAGAUUCAGGAACUGCAGAGCAAGGCUGUGCGCAGUGCCGAAGAGAGCGAUCGCCUGCGCAAGCUUAUGCUGGAGUGGCAGUUCCAGAAGCGACUGCAGGAGUCCAAACAAAAGGAUGAGGAUGAUGAGGAGGAAGAAGAGGACGAUGUGGACACCAUGCUAAUCAUGCAGCGCCUGGAGGCCGAGCGCAGAGCACGGCUGCAGCAGACUGCUAUGCCAGCAAUCUCUGUUCUAGAUUUGUUGCAGGAUGAGGAGCGGCGGCGGCAGCAGCAGCUGGAAGAGAUGCGACAGCGGGAAGCAGAUGACCGUGCACGGCUGGACGAGGAGCGCCGCCAACAAGAAGAGGAGCGUGGCCGGCGUGAUGCUGAGGAAAAGAGGCGACAGGAAGAAGGGUAUUACAGCCGCCUGGAAGCAGAGAGGCGCCGACAGCAUGAGGAGGCCGAGCGGCGGCUGCUGGAGGCUGAGGAGCCUGGUCUUUGCCGCCCUCCACUCCCACGGGGCUAUGAACCCGCGGUCCCAGGCCCCGCGGCCCACCCUCCUCCCCCACCCCAACGGGCUGCCUCCUACCUCCACACGCAGGCCCUCUCCCCUGACUCUCUGUACACCGCCAAGUUCGUGGCUUACAACGAGGAGGAGGAGGAGGAGGACUGCAGUCUAGCAGGUCAGGAUCAGUCCUCCCGCGCGAGGAAGUCUCCCGGGCACCUUCCUCCAGCUGCCUUUAAGUCACAGCCACGCCCAGCCUCCGAUGGCAUCUUUCUCUCCAAAUCCUUCCAGACCCCCUCGGCCAGUGCCAACAGUACUGCCUACAGAGCAGGCCAUCCCCCGCCCCCUCCGCAAAAGCCCAGCUUCUUCCAGCUUGGCCACCCCGGAGGUCGAGGACCAAACUCUUACAUGGGCUCCACAGGGACCUUGCUCGGUGCCCAUGAGGUGCAUCGAGAUCCCAGAGAGAAGCUGUGUAGAAGCCAAGAGGCAGUUCCAUCUGGAAGUCCUGGAGCACCUGAAAACUUGCCCUUCAAAGAGCGCCAGCGUCUCUUCUCACAAGGUCAGGAUGUGUCGGAUAAAGUGAAAGCGUCCCGAAAGCUGAUGGAACUGGAACAAGAGCUGAACACUAAGUGAGGGACAUCUCCAUCCCAUCCUGCUCUCAGCGCUGGGCUCCAGAUCCUAAGCCCAGAAAGCUCAUUUUAUUUUCCAAGAGACGAUUGUUUAAACACUUCAAAGUUGUCCGAUUUCUUAAUUAACUGGUUCAUGUGAGGAAAGCUUUUCUGGUAGUUUCUCUUUAGCCUUGAGUUCCCAGGGGACCGAAGGGGGGGUCGUCUGUAGGACGAAGGUCUGCUUUCCUCCCCGUGCCUUCUCUCCUGUUGGCCCUGAGGUGGAAGUGACCCAGCACAUGUUUGCACUAAAGCUCAUGGCCCGCAGGCUCACCCUGACAGCCACAGGCUCCCCAUCUUCUGUUCCAAGUGGGGUUUGAAAGAGUUUCCGAGGGAAGAACUUACAGAUUCAGCUUUAGCAAAUGUUACUGUUCUUAAUUCCAGAGUAUUGUUAGACUAGUAAAUUCCCACCAG